GUUGUAAAGAAAAGCUUCCAGCUCUUUGACAUCCAGAUGGGAGUCAAUCAAUCUAUUCAAUAUAUACAGUUUGUUGUUGCCCAAAUGUACAGUAAACACAACAUUAAAUUGAACGACUUGUUAGAUUAUCAUUAUCAAAGGUUCAUUUUCUAUUUUCUUCAAAAUGGUUUGUUAUUUUCGGCCAUAUCAAGAACCCGAAACCCAGGUUUGUGUCUGGGCCUACUAUCCAUCCCAAUAACUAUCACACAUGGAUCGCAAAAAUUUGGGCUAGAAACACCGCCAUUUUGUUCUGUCAUCGGGAGAAAGAGAAUCAAUUCUUCUUUAUUCCUCAGCUUCUACGCCUGCCCGCCUCUUCCUAAAUUAACUGAACUAACGAUAUCCUGGACCAAACCACCCACAUCGAUGAGCUCAGUUACCUCGACUUGCCUUCCGGGUUCACGCAUGCUCUGUUUCGGUGCAGGGAUUCCAACUCCAAAGCGAGUAUUCAUUGCUGUGGCUCUUAAUUUUCACACGUUCCCGUUUUAUCCCCACCCCAUUCUUGAUAUUAGUAGAAGCCCCUUCGUUGCCUUUGCGAAGAAAAAGAAUUCGCGGCCGGAGCCAGUUUUAAAGCCUUCCAUUAUCGAUGAAGUGUCGGUGAAUGGUGAUGAAGACGACAAUGGUAUCGAGGAUGACAUUUUUCUCGAGGGCUUUGAAGAUGAUGAGCUGGUAGAAGAAGAUGGUUAUUUUGAGGAUGAGUAUUUUGCAGAAGAAGCCGAACCCUUUGUAGGGGAUGGAGCUGGAGGUGGCGGAAUAUCCCUCGCUGGGACAGCAUGGGAUAAAAAAGCUUUAGAAAUUGCUGAAGAGGUCAUCAUAUCAUUUGAUGGAGAACUGGGUAUAUAUGCCUUCAAGACAUUGCUAAAUGCAGCUAUUCAAGUUCGUAUAGAGAGACUUACAAAUAAGUCUGGCUCUCCCAGCAUGACAGAUAUAGAAGCCUUUUCCACAACAUAUAGAGCACGACUCGAUGAAGCUGAAGCCACUGGAUCCAUUCCUGGAAACAUAUCUCUAGAGGUUUCUUCACCUGGUGUUGAAAGGGUUGUUCGCAUUCCACAAGAUCUUGAACGGUUCAAGGAUCGUAACUUGUACGUAAAAUAUGCGACUGAAGCAGUGGAUGGUGGUUCAUCGUCAGAGCAUGAUGGAGUCUUCAGGCUUAUAUCUUUCGAUUCAGAAGGCAGCUCCUGCACUUGGGGAUUAGCAGAUGUAAGGGUGAACAGAGAAAAAUCAGGGAAAGGAAGGCCACUCAGCAAAAAACAGAAAGAGUGGCGAUUGAACACUCCCUUGGAUUCCCUACGCUUAGUUCGGCUGUACUCUGAAAUAUGAAGUGUUGUCUUCCCUGCCACAGUCGCUCUAUAUAUUCCAUGUUGAAAGUUUUUAUA